AAAGAUCUUUCAGAAGAAGAAGACAUCUGUGACGUACAGUUUCAGACAGUCUUUUCCCCUGGUGGAGAUGCAGGUUCAUAUGUUCCAGAACUCCUACUAUCCUCAUGGUAUCAGACUGACAUCAGCGAUGCCUGGCAGUGAGCGUAAGGUCCUGAUUGUGUUCAAUGCGCCAAGCCAGCAGGACCGAACGCGCUUCACCAGUGACCUGCGUGAGAGCAUCGCUGAGGUUCAAGAUAUGGAGAAAUACCGUGUAGAGUCUGAGUUAGAGAAGCAGAAAGGUGUGAUGCGUCCAGGGCUCCUGAGUGGAGAUGGGGGCGGGGUUGGCAGAAUAAAGACUGAAGCUGUGAACGGCACUCUGGGUAGGCCCAGUCUGGAUGACACGUACACAGCAGGGGAGGGGCUUAAACGAACAGCACUUAGCUCCUCACUGAGAGACCUCUCUGAGACAGGAAAGCGAGGCCGUAGAAACAGUGUUGGCUCUUUGGAUAGUACUAUAGAAGGAUCCAUCAUUAACAGUCCUCAGCCACAUCAACGCUUGCCCAUAGGGGGCGCCGUUCCCGGCUGCUAUGGGCUGGAAGACUACCGGCCUCACCGCCCCAUCCUGAGCCCCGGAGUAGGGGUGGGGGGUGGGCCGGGGCAACUUCACAACGCCGUAGGCAAUAUGGGGGGAGUCCCUGGCAUCAGCAAUCGAGGUGGGGGUCCGGGGAGCAGUUCUGGAGGGAGCAAUUCCGGUUCCUUCCUGGGCUCCCUGUUUGGGAGCAAGCGCGCCAAACCCCCUGCUCCCCUUACUCCCCCCGGGCCACAUUACCCGGCCCCCGUGCCACCUCCUACAACAGGAGGGCCGCCACCUCUGUCCCCCUCCGCCCUCAUCCAGUCAGACCCCGGUGGGCCAUCCAAGAUCCAGGCCCUGCAUGCUCAGUACUGCCACAACAACUUUGGCCAGCCUCCACCCCCCUACCACCAUCAUCAUCAGUACCACAUGCAGGCCGUCGCCCCUGGCCAUCCGCCCGCUAUCCAUCAUACCCUACAACGAGGGUCCCUCCCACGGCGCGGGCCGCCCGCUCCUUCACAUGCCCAGUUCCAGCAGCAACUAUCCCAUCAUGCUAUGCAGCAAGGCCGCUACGGCAAUAUGGCCUGCACCCCUCCGCCUCUGUCCCCGCAUUCGCCCAAUUCCCCCAUCGCCCCUUUCACCUUUUACCACAUGCAUCCCAAUCCCAUACGCCACGUACGGGUGCCCGGUCCUACCGGCAAGCUUCCUCUCACCCUGUCUCACUCUCAGCCCCACCCUCACGCCCACUCCCACGUUCACUCUCAUACCCACAGCCAUCCAGUACACGCCCACAGCCCACACCCCUUACUGGAUCACUCCGCCCAUCAAACUCACUUCGUUUUCUCGCCGCCCCCUCAGGCGCCAUCCGCCAUCACCGCCCGCUACAUACCCCAGGGCGUCGCCCACUACAUCCCACAGUAUCCACCCCUCUCCUCCAUUCCACCUCCUCCACCACAUUCCCCGUUACCUCCUCCUUCAUCCCCACAUACCCCCCUGACCCCUCUUACCCCACUCUCCCCGCUUGCCCCGCAGCUCCCAGGACACAUGGGGCUGCAUUUGGGUGGCCCAGGAGGUGGAGGAGGAGGUGGAGCCAGCAACAGCGGCACGGUCGGCAGCUCCAAAUCCAAACCUAUCAACCGCAUCAGCACGGUGGUGUAAGGGUGAGCCGCGGCAGAGGGCGCAGGGUCCCAACGCGGAGGAGCCGGAGCCCAGGCAAGCGGAAGCACACCAUACUCAGACUCUGUUACUUCCAUAUCCGCUUCCCUCACGUGUAGGGCGGGAAUCCUGGCCGGCUACAUGCUCAUUGCUAGCCUGAAUGGCAUCUUGCUGUUGGCCGCCAUUCAAAACAAAGGCUGUGUAACAGCAUCAAAUCUCCGACUGAAGAUCUAAGAAGCCUAAUGGAGACAGUGGUGAAGCAAAUGAAGUGUAUUUUAAGAGUUCGAGUUGAAAUUGACAUGCAUGGCUGCCAAAGGAAAAGGUUACAGGGAGAAAGGGGGUGCCAAUUUUAAGUCGGACUGAUGAUCUGGAGUUUAAGAGACCAAGUUUGACUGUACAGAAGUCAGAAGACGACAAUGGUGAACUCUUUAAACACUCAACAUGGAGACAAAACUGGACAGAUGAGUGCAAAAUAUUUUAAAAAAUGAACUUUCAUUCAUAGUCUUUUCAGUUUUCAUGCGUCUCAGAUGACAAUCAUUUCAGGGUCAGUCAGAAAAUGUUUGCUUGAUUCAUUUCUCAAAAUUGACAAAAAAAGAAAACUUGUAUCACUACACAGUAAAAAACAAACAAACAUU